AUGUACAAGGGCAGAACUGGACCUCGUACAAAAUACUAUCAGGGAGUCAGAUCAGGUGGUGAAAAGGAGAUAGCUAUCCAGGAUGAGGAUGUAUGACAAGGAUGUCCACUCUCCCCAUUCUUGUUCAACUUCGUCAUCGACGAAAUAAUGAGGCGAACACUGGACGGUUUUCAAAACCCCGGUGUUCAAAUUGUUGCUGGUGAGAGCCUUGUCGAUCUUGAGUACGAAGAUGAUAUCGCCCUCAUCUUUGAAGACCAUAGCGAAGCACUAGUCCGGUUGAAUAAACUGACCACCAUCAUACCAUCUUUUGGCAUGCGCCUUGCGCCUUCAAAGUACAAAGUCAUGUUUCAGAAAGUGCAGUCCUCGAACGUAUCCCUUAACAUUCAAGAAGAAUCACUGGAGGUCGUGGAAAAUUUUACUUACCUCGGCUCUCCGACAUCCUUAUCCUAUCCAAGACUCAGUAAUGCCAACCCGCCUGUGAUCAACACAACUAAGGAUGAUUCAAGGAUUUCCGUCGCGUCCGAAGAUGCAAAUGAUACACUACUUUUGGGAAUGGAACAUAUUCUGAAUAUUGUUGAAGACAUUACGACAAUCAGUAAAGAAUAUGUGACCAACAUGAUGCUAACCGAUCGAUCUUUGGCUAGAAAAAGCGGAUCACAGAUUCACAAUUCAAAUGAAGGGGAAUAUGUAUCUUUUCCUUGUCACCUAACAUGCUAUCUGCGGCCACCUAUUGGCACGAGAGAAUUUGAACGGAUACACACAGUUGCCUCAGCCUCGGCAGAAUUCCAACCAACCGUAAUGGAUUGCAGUCCAAAAUCAGAGAGGCCAACAUCAACAACUGAAGAAAUUUCUGUUUCUGUAACAUGUAUAUCUCAUUAUACCGGAAGUUUGAUACACGUUGUAAUCCGGACCAUCAAAACUGUUCGAGAAAGUUCACCUAGCCCGGUUACUAUUUUGAGCGAUCAAGUGGCUUUCCAAAUUGCAAAUCAAAUACUCAAUCGUAGCCAACGGGUUGAUCUGUAUGUGACACUGGAUUUUCAACUGCUAUUUCUGGGGCCUUCGGAGUUAAGAGACAUAAAAUCUUGGCUCCGCUAUCUGGCCAUCGACGGUAACAAUAUUAUUUCGAUCGACAAGACAUUACUACGUGAACUUCAGCUGGACCAUUUUGUUAUUGAAGGAUGCAGGAGAGUUGAACGCGUUGAUCCCAUCGGACUACAUAACUAUGAAGCAGGUUUAAGCUCUUCUUCAAACUGUGUAGUUGUGUGGCGAUACUUAUGCCCAAAAAUGACGGAAUUCAUCAUAUGGGCCGAUGAACGUACUCAGAAUAACCUUUGUCCAGCUCACCUGGACAAUAAUAGGGAAGGAUCUACAGUCCGUCCAUCGAUCAGUCGGCAGAGAAGAGCAAAACGAACAAUUCUAUCGCCCAGACACCGAAACUUUAAGGAAGACCAACAAACUGCAGUGAUGUCACAAUCAGAUGUGUACAAGCAUUGGUCCUUACUUGCUCAACGUCUCAUUGAAAAACUGGAUAGCGGAAGUAUCUGUUCCAAUAAAGAUGUUAGACAGGACAUGUUGUGGUAUCAGAAUAUACUCACACUCAGUAUCAUUACAAUUUUUAUCCUAAGUACCCUACUGGGAGUCGGUUGCAUAUGUGCAUUAACAAUAUUUCGGCUUCAGUUACGGACCUCUGUGAAACCUAUCAGGGCCACAUUAUGA